UUAUUUACAACUUUCAUUUUGUUAAAAAAUAUUAUAAAGGUAUUGCAGUAAUGUAUUGCGGCAUAAGACUGGUUGUGCAGUUGUGUGUGUGCCCUAUAUCUGUAUAUCAUACCUUUUAGUUAAACAGUUAAUGACAUGAAUAAACAUAUCGUACUUACAUGCAGACAUAUCUAAGUAAGAAAUAUCUCAAUUUUGUUGUACUGUCUCCCCUGUUCUGUUGUUGGGUUGUUAAUUACAGAAUUAAGAAUGGCUGAAAUUUUUUUUUGUCAAGUGCGCAGUGCAGCCCUGUUGUGAACUAAUAAUGUUGAAAUAUAGAUGGCUUUGACUCUACCACACCACUGCAUCUGCAUAUGUAAGAAAGAUUGAUAGACAAGAAAAUCAAUAUGAGUUUACCUGUCAGUUUUAGUUAUGAAGAUUGUUAUCAUUUGUCAACUUGAAAUAUUGUAUUUUUUAUGCUUUGUACCUACUUCCAUUUCAAACAUGUUUUGUAUAAUACUAAAGCAAUAGUGAAAUACAUAAAAGUAUUUGUACCAGAGUCUAACUUUCAAGAUGAGUUUCAUUACAACAUUCACAUCACUUCUUCGGGCGAUACUUUGCAUUGUAAACAACUUAUAUGCAAUUCCGGUAUACCUUUGUUUGUACUUGUUAUUACAACCAUUAAGGAUAUUCUCUCCACUAACGUUCUGGGCUAUUGAAGGAUGGCUAUAUGAAAAACUACUAUCUAUGGUAGCAUUUUGGGCUCAGUUAUCCGGACAUGAAAUAUUUACCAGCGGCGAUGAUAUAUCUUCCAUUAUCAAUGAUGAAAGCAUUCUCAUGACAAAUCACCAAUCUUCGGGGGAUAUUCCUGUGUUGAUGCAUGCUCUGCGGGGUACAAGACCUUCGCUUAGAGGGGUCAUGUGGAUUAUGGACUGGGUAUUACAAUUUUUAAGUUUUGGAUGGAUAGCAAAAGGCCAUGGUGACUUCUUCCUUCUCCAAGGUUCGGAUAUUCGAAAGUUUCCAUUUUUGUUUAGCGGUUCUGAAGCACAAAUCAAAAUUGAUGGAAUGAAGCGAUUCAAAAAACACCUUGUUGAUGUUUAUUGCAAACGUGAUAGAAAAUGGAUGAUUCUUUUUCCCGAAGGUGGAUUUCUUCAUAAGCGAAGAGAGGGAAGUUGGCGUUUUUCCAAGCGUAAUAAUUUACCUUUAUUAAACAAUGUUACUAUACCUAGAGUGGGGGCUUUUCAAGCAAUAGUGGAUGUCCUGGGUGUUGAGGGGGUUAAGAAUGGACUCAACAAAGAUUCACUGGGAAAAAAACAUAUCAAAUGGAUUAUCGAUGUCACAAUUGGAUAUGCAAAGAAUGAGCCUCUAGGAAUAACGUCAUGGGUGAUGGGUAGCGGAGGGCCGAAAAAAGUUUAUCUGCAUUACCGUGUUUUUCGUUCCUCUGAUAUGAUGACAAAGGUUGGAGAAGGAGGAGGUUACUCUGUUUCUGAAGCGUGGAUUUACGAUAGGUUUAUUGAAAAAGAUAAACUUCUCAAGGACUUUUUUGCUACAGGCAAAUUUCCUCCGGGAAAACAAGGUUUAAAACCUGUAAAAUGCUAUACAAUUAGUACAUUGAUUGGUCAUGUUUUCUGCCUCUUGCCUUAUUUCAUCUUAGCUUAUUCCAUAUUUUAAUACCUAUAAUUCGUUGAAAAUACUGUAUUAUUUUGUUUUUCUGAUUGUUUAUGUUGUUUUUGAAAUGUUUAAAGAAUUUCAAGAUAUUUAUUCCCAAAAAUUUACAUUUAUCCUGAUAUAUGAUUUUGGAAAUUUUCAUCAGUGUAUAGUAGUAAUAUGCUGAUCUUAAAAUGUAGUCUAGCUCAGUGGUUCCCAACUGUUUUUCAAGCGACCCUAAUUUAAAAAAAAAUAAAGUUUGUAAAAUUUUGUGACCCUAGGAUGUCCUAAGCUGCAUUUAGUGCUUUUAGGGCCGCAAAAUUGAAUGACUGAUAUAAAACGGUCAUAUUUACAUAAUAUUUACUUCAGCAGAAAUGAAUUCAAAGUUGCAUUAGUGAGAAAGAUGUGCUCAUUUGCCAUCAGCAAGUUUUUGAAGUUGUGGCGUGAGUUUAUUUAAGAAAAAUAGUCGAUGCCAAGAUUUUAAGCUGUGAUACUUUCCACGUAUACAAUUGCUACAGAGAAAGACUAGUGCUCUGAAACUAAAACAAUUUACCUUAUUGCAACCAAACCUCUCGAAAUAGGAAAUUAUCUAUUGUAUAUCGUACUUAUAUUUAUGUGGUGUUAGCAAAAUAUGUUUUAAAGUUCAAUCUAUUUCUUUACUAUAAUUUGCCUUCGUAAAUUGCUUUAUUUUGUGGGUUUGGCAACUCCUAUGCAAUGAAUCUUAUUCCUAAAUUAUUUUAUAAGUUGUCUAAACAAACUUGUUCAAUCCAUUACAGACUGUACACAUGGUGACAUGAUCGUCCAUUGUAUUUCAAUUCUCAAUACUUUUGCUCUGAACAAAGCUCUAUAUAAGAAGCCACUGCUGUGUAACAGGAUCUUUAGAAGGACUGGGAUCUCUUCAGUCUGGUAAUUUAUUACAUCCUGGCUGAGAUGCUGGGCAAGCUAUGGAAUUUAUGCCCUAGAGCAGCGGUUCCCAAAAGGUGCGUCGUAGCGUGUUGUCACGUGCGCCGCCAAAAUUAGCAGAAUUGUGUAUAAUUAAUUAAACUAUGAUCUGAUAUUUUACACAUUGUAUUUAGUUUAAAAGUUGUAUUGUUUCCUACUUCAAAUACACGUGUGUAUGAAUCAAUGAA